AUGCGCCGGAUCAGCAUCCCCGUUGUGGCAGAGACCUUCGACGGACUGCUCAACAAUAUCAGUGCAUCAGUCGUUGAUAAGCAGGCAGUCUACGACGCCAUUGAGGCAUCAAAAACCCAGACAGAGAUUCUGGAGGGAAAUUACGGUGGAGGCACGGCAAUGAGGUGUCAUGGCUAUAAAGGAGGUACUGGCACUAGUUCCAGAAUAGUUCCUGGGGUUGAUAAGGAUUACACACUUGGUGUACUUGUACAAGCAAAUCAUGGGCAGAAGGAUGACCUCCGAAUUGGAAAUGUGCCGGUUGGAGAGUUCUUAGUUAGGGAAGAAGCUCGGGCUCGAGCUGCGUCGAAAAAAGAGGAGACGCAGUUUCCCAGGGGAGGAAAGGCAGCAGAAGGAAGCAUUAUAAUCGUUGUCAUUACCGAUGCACCAUUACUUCCACACCAAUUGCGUCGCAUCGCACAACACGCAGGAAUGGGUGUCACGCAGGUUGGAGGCCACGCUGCUGGACGAAACUUUUCCGGUGAAAUAUUUCUUGCUCUUUCCACGGGAACCUCUCCCAAUGAGUUGGCUACAUCAUCAAGCGGAUUCGAUUACCUUCCUCCACUCGAAACACAGCAAGUAGAGACACUCAAGAACGAGGUGAUUGACUCAUUGUUCUAUGCAACCUCCGAGGCGACGGAAGAGGCUAUCUUGAACUCCAUGUGCCGGGCAGAACCAUUGACAGGGUUCAGAGGACGUGCUCAGCCGGCAUUGCCUGUCGACAGGGUGAAGGAAUUGUUGGAUAAGUAUAUGGUGAAGUUUGAGGAUGCAUGA